ACUAGUACACAUACUACAGUUUGAGUUGACUUUUAUUUUGAAGAGCGACUUUUAUUGUGACGUGCUGAGGCCGGAGUGAGUUCCGCAGUUCAGCUAUAGGAGCUGUGUGGCCGCCAUGCUCAGACUGGACUCUAACGACGAUGAUGUGUCGUUAUUUGAUGCAGAGGAGGAUACUGCCAGAAACUCUCGAAAAUCAAAGAUCAAGCACCCUGUGGCAUCGUUCUUCCACCUGUUCUUCAGGGUGAGUGCCGUCCUGGUGUAUCUUCUCUGUGAGCUGCUAAGCAGCAGCUUCAUCGCCUGCAUGGUCACCAUCAUCCUCCUCCUGUCAUGUGACUUCUGGACGGUGAAGAAUAUCACAGGCCGUCUGUUGGUGGGUCUGCGCUGGUGGAAUCAGGUGGAUGAGGACGGGAACAGCCGCUGGGUGUUCGAGUCCAGGAAGGGACAGGCCAAGCAGCUCCCUGCAUCCCUCCCAUCUGAUUCUGAGGCUCGGAUCUUCUGGCUGGGCCUGAUCAUCUGCCCCGUGCUCUGGGUCAUCUUCACCUUCACCGCUCUCUUCUCCUUCAAGAUCAAAUGGCUGGCAGUGGUAAUUAUGGGCGUGGUUCUGCAGGGAGCGAAUCUUUAUGGAUAUGUUCGCUGUAAAGUCGGCACCAGAACGAAUCUGAAGAACAUGGCCACCAACUACUUUGGAACACAGUUCCUCAAACAGGCUCUGAGUAAACAGGAGGAGUCGUGAGAGGGAGGAGGAGGAGUCUGCACUGUCACUCCAGCUGUUUAAAAGGAGGAGGAGUUAAAGGACUUCCUGAAGCGAACAUUAGUGUGUAGCUGACUCCGCUCUGCAGAUGCUGCAGUAUUUCAAACACACCUGUUCUAGUUUUGGUUAACGUUAUGGUUUGAGUUUUCUUUAACUUAUUAACAUUUAAUUUAUAUGCUGUGGGAUAUUAACAUAUAUUGGACCUAUAAAAUGGUAAUGUUACUUAACAGAACCCUUCAGAAGUUUGGGGAUGUCCUGUCUCCUAUUCUUUAAUGUUCACUGUUACUUAGUUAAGUAAGAAAAUAUAUAUCACAGAAUAGAGGGACUUGCAAAUCUGUUCAACCCGUUUAAAAAGUGUUUAGCACAAUUUUUUUUCCUGGAAAAUAUAUUACUUAAAACUGAAAUUUUAUCCUGGCAGUGUUACAUGCAGAUUUUUUUUUCAUUUUAAAACAAAUUAAAACAAUUAAAACAAAAUGUUUUAACUUUAUUAAUUUAGAAAUUAAAUGUAGUAUUUUACAGAGUACCCUGUUGUCAUCUACAGGCCUUUCACUCUGUAUAAAAAAAAUGAGAAAAUAUAUGGAAAAAUUAAUUGUCAACAAAAUGUAUAGAAUAAUCAAAUAACUACAUAAGAAAAAAUAAUAACUACAUAAGAAAAAUCUAUAAAAGCAGCAAAAGUAAUUUUAUUUUACUAACUACACAAUUUGCAGAUACUGAAUCAUUGUUUAUUAUUUCAUUUUGUGUUAGUUCAUUAUUCUGAGAUUAUACGUUUUUAUUUUUAAAUUUGAGUGCAUCAUUCAUAAUCAUAUCAGUGACAAUAAUUUUGUUUGUCGCAGUUAUUUUUCUGACAGUAUAUAUUCUAAAACUAAAUCGUUUUUCUGACAGACCAACAUGUGUACACAGCAUGAUUUUUUUUUUUUUUUUUUUUUUUUUUGUAAAAUGUAACACAAAUAUACAAAUAUGACUAAUUUAGUGAUUUUUAAGGGGGUUGAAUAGUUUUUGCAAGAUAGUGUAUGUUACUUUUAAACCUGUUUUUUUUUAUUAUUAUUUACUGGGACUAAAAAUAGAGGUGUGCCAUAUGGCAAAAGUGUUCAUUCACAAUAUUGAGUGAUUUUCACUAAUAUUUGUGAAGAUAUUUUGACUGAAACUGCUACUCUCACAUAAUGAGUACAGAUAUAUUUAUUAUUAAUCAUUAUUAAUUAUUAUAAGUCUUCUUAAAGCACUGAUGAUAUCCAUAAUAUGCUCAGUAUAAAGUAUGCUGUGAACCACAAUAACAAAAUGAAUAAUAAUAUGAUAAAUUAUUGCCAUAUAGCCCACCUCUAACUACGAAUGUCUUUAUACUUUCCUCUGAUGUUUUGCUUUGAUGUGUAAAACAUGUACAUACCUGUGUAAAUGAAUUAAUGUAAAAUACCUUUUGACACUCUGGAACUAUGAAUAGAACAUUUUUCAGAGCAUUUCUGUAGAGAUGUUAGAAUGUUUAUCAUAUCUAUAAGAGAGGUUGUUAGAUCAGUCAGUAUGAGUUAGUAUGAGUUCUGUAUUUGUGGAAUGUGAUGAGAUGUGAUGAAAUGUUUCUUGAAGUGAACUGGAUUAAAUAGAUUUGUCUA